CUAAGAUACGCCAUUUAUAUGUGUAUCGUAUCUAUAUUUAUAUAUAUAUUUGCAGGUUGAUAGCAAUAUUGCCGCUGCUGCUGCUAUUCUUGUUAUUAUCACUAUAGAUGUACUAUCACUAUAAAUGAUAGAAUGCGGGGGACUCUCUUUUAGAUCUUCUUCACAUUUUUGACGUUUGAGGCAACGUACGCAUUAGUAGCAGUGCAACACUGGUAUUAAUGGUACAGUGGUAAAACGCUUCUUUACGUACUACUCGACGAACGCUGCUACAGAGCAUCUUUGCUAACUCGGCGGUCUGGCAGCUAAACUCGACUCGAUUCAACUCUACAGCCAGGCUCCUCAAGCGUCCGCAACUGUCGCAACGUCGACCGUUUGCUUCUGGUUGGCCACCAACCAGCGUAAGAGUCGAGGAUCAAGAAAGCAUGAUAGACAUCAUGAAGGAGGAGGAAGGCGUAGAAUCGCAGUUGGGAGAGUAAGAGAGCCAGAAAGUCGUUGUUUCUACUGCUGCCGCCGCUGCUGCUAACGGAAUCGCUACGACAGCUACCGUUCAUAGUAGCGGGAGCAGGAUCUCGAAUGGCAGUUGCAGCCAGGCGGGCGGACAUCCAGGUACCUACUACCAGAUAGCAGACAUUACAAGUACCUGGUGUUUGUUCGCUGGGCGCCAAAAACGCUGGCGACCGACACACGCCAUAUGUACAAGUGUACAGUUUUGCUGCUGCAGCAGCGAGAGACGGGCCUUUAUAGUCGUAGGAUCAUCUGGUGUGUCGCAGUGUUACAACUCCACCAUGCGCAGUACUUUCAGCGACCCCUGUUGUUAGAGCUGGGUCUAUUCUCGUAUUAUCGUCAGCAAGCGAUAACGACGAUUUUGUGCCCAAAACGCGAUUUCUUAUUUAGCCGCGUCGUACAAUCAUCCUCUAAGGCGGCUACGGCCUAAUCGUUUUCCCUGUUUUGUUGGUUCAGUCGUCGCGUUGGUCAGUUUUAUCAGUUAUCCGUAUUUCGCCGACGUUAGUCGAUACCGAAGCCAGAUCAAGCCACAACCAUAGCUUGACCGGUGCGUGAGUAGCUGCGGUAAUCCGGCGAGCGAUACAGCCAUGAGUCAGUCAGCAGACAAGUCUUGUUGCGGCUAAAUCACAUGACUUCUAGAUUGAUGAAUUACAUUCGCGACGAUCGUGGCGACGACUAGUUCUGCUUCGCGGAGUCACGCACCCCUAACACUUACGGAUACGGAGGAAGAGAUAUCUGCAACGUGCCAACACUAAAUAUUCAUUUGUUUGCUACUUUCUCUUUGCUGGCCAGCGUGUACGUGAAACACUUUGGAAAGUCCGAAUCGUAAACAUCUGAUACGCUUCCUAACACCUUGAAAAGCAUCGUAUCACGUGGACUGGAAAACAGAGCGUACUCUGUGAAGUAAUACGUACACAUGUUGUUGUAGCCAGUGUCAGCACGAGAGUUGCUUCGCCAUCAAGACGGUAUAAAACCUACGAGUUGGAUACACCUUUGAGGUACGUGUUCAUCAUAACGUGCGAUCUAACGUGAAUAUACCAGUGUUAAGGCGUGUCAGACCGUUGAGUGCGAAUUCAGAACCGGGGUGAAGUGGACGAGAGAAGCAACCUGCAGGACAACCCCACCGAGAAGUCAACAUUAAUUCAGUGAACGGGGAUUAGACAAGUUGUGUUACGUACGAAUACACCCUGUCAACAGAAACAACAAAGGUCUGCGAGGUCCAAUGUAAUUCGCCUGUGCUUUCCGCCGCGACGGACUCCACACAAGUACGAGUAGCGGGUGCUCUGUAUUUUCGGAGCGCGGCGGAGGCCGCGGGGCCACUAACGAGAUGCAAAAGGGGGAGACCGGCGUUCAGGAUGGCUUCGGCCGGGAGUCUAAUGAACGAGACUGGCAACAGUUGAUUGGCCGGCGGCUGGAGCACGUACAGAACAACGAUGACACUAUCUCAUCGGAGGUUGGCACACUUAUACAUCGAGGAGCCCACCAGAACUUAACACCUGGCCUUUUUCAACCUCCCGGCAAAAGCUUUAAAGGGGUAGUCGGCUCGCAUGAAGCUGAUGAAAAUACGCCUAUAGUCAGAUAUCCAAAUACAAAAGUAAUUCCCAGUAGAGUUCGUAAGCGGGUUGUGUUCAAGAAUGGCAACGUCAACUUGUCUAAGGAGCAUGUAUAUAAACGAAGUCAAAGAUAUCUCCAGGACAUUUUCACAACAUUGGUGGAUAUCCAAUGGCGAUGGAAUUUACUUGUGUUCGCCAUGGGUUUUGUGGUCUCCUGGCUGAUCUUCGCCGUCGUCUGGUGGCUAAUAAUGUUUGCGCACGGCGACUUCGAUGAAACUAAUGCAAAAAACGAAACAUGGAAGCCGUGCGUAACCGAAGUAACUACUUUCACGGCCGCGUUUCUCUUCUCUCUGGAAACACAGCACACGAUCGGGUAUGGCAAUCGUUACAUCUCCGAAGAGUGUCCAGAAGCUGUGUUUAUAUUAUGCCUUCAAUCCGUCGUAGGCGUGAUGAUUCAGUGCUUCAUGGUUGGUAUCGUAUUCGCGAAGUUAUCAAGACCUAAGAAACGCUCACAGACGCUCUUAUUCAGUCGACACGCAGUUAUCUGUCUUCGGGACAGUAAACUCUGUCUUUUAUUUAGAGUGGGCGACAUGCGGAAAUCGCACAUCAUUGGUACAAAUAUCAGCGCCCAGAUCAUCAAACGAAAGGUGACAGCAGAAGGGGAGGUGAUCCCGUAUUAUCAUACGAUUUUAGAUGUUCGCUUCGAUGCUGGUAACGACUCCAUUCUCUUUAUUUGGCCAGCCACUAUUGUGCAUGAAAUAAAUGAAAGGUCGCCCUUAUAUACGCUCUCAGCGGAAGAUAUCAUGAAGGAUCGCUUCGAAAUCGUCGUAGUCCUUGAAGGCACGAUUGAAUCUACGGGACAGUCUAUACAAGCCAGGUCGAGUUAUUUGCCGUCGGAAAUUUUGUGGGGUCACCGAUUUGAACAACUCGUCCGCUUCCAACGGGACUCCUCUGAGUAUCUCGUUGAUUAUUCGAAAUUUAACAACACAUAUGAGGUUGAGACGCCUCUGUGCAGCGCACGUGAUUUCUACGAGUACCAGAAGUUAAUCCAACAGCCACAGAUACUCAUUCUAAAUAAUUCCCACACAGAACAGCAGCACCAACACGCGUUGGCAACUCUUGGCAUGGCCCAGGCAGCGGCCCAACAUCAGCAUCAGCAGCAGCAGCAGCAACAGCAACAGGCAAACGGUCAACCUGGGCUAUUUCACUCGGCCUCUUCGCCCCUGCAUUCUCCUCUUGGGGCAGGUGUUAAGAACAUGAAUAACAGACAAAACACGACGCAGCCUGCCAACAACAACAACAACAACAGCAACAACAAUAACAAUAUUUCGGUGUAACUCGAAGCGGAAAUAAAACGUGUGUUAAUCUAUAGCCUCAAAAGGUGCCACCCCUCUUAAGGAAAUGAAUGACGAUAUCGGUAACAAUCCAAUGCUACAUCAAGUAACGAUCAGGCUUGCAUCACCGUCAAUUUGAAGCGAUAAUCAUUUUACUCAUGCAAGAAUUUUCAUGACAUCGCAUAGUCGGACAUUGUCCUCAUUGUGAUCGGCCCCGAUUCUGAACGAUGGCAAAGAAAAUCCGAUAAAGGAAUGAUAACUACUGUAACAGACCUAUAAGGAACAGAAAGCGGAAAUGACGGAGGAAGCCGAACAACCCUAGUUAACGGUCACUACACGAAUUUCUAUGGCUUUAACAGAUAAUCAAAGUAUAUAAUUGCAUCUAUUUCGACACCACCUAUUUCCAAAUUAGAGGAUACUGGGGCAGGGUACCGAGUGCUAUGCUCCAAGCUAACGGACGUUCUGUGUAGAUAUCUGCUGAUAUGGUUACGCACUAUACGUACUCAAGAAUUUAAUUCUAGCCCCUUUUUCCUGUCGUAGACGUGCAUGUCGGGCUGACGAGGACGUUGAUAUCGAGGAGAUCAAGAUAUUAUUUUACUAUGGACCAUUUGUUAUUUUCCGCAACCGUUGUGAAGUGCGACGGAAGACAACGGCUACAACAUCGUGACGGAAAUGGCUGUUAAAAAUGAUCAGCCGAAUUUAUGACCACUCACUGACAUAUGAUUAAUUGUAAUAAUGCCGAAUGGAUGCGGUAGUUGCUGCUAUAAAACGUUUUUAAUAUAUACAUUUAUAGAACCGAUGUUAAACUAGGACCCUUGAGAGGCUGUAUGCGUGAGAUGGGCGGAAGAUAUUUAGUAGCGCAGUAGGCAACAUACAAGCGCCAGAGGUCUGUUAAAGAUCCGCGGGGCGUAACUGUGAACUUUUUGUACAAAUGUUUUACAUAAAACCAAGCUAAAGUGCUGCACUCGGAGCCGACCGAUACUUUAGGCAGCUGACUGCGAUUGCGUCUCAAAAAGGGAGUCAGCUAGCCCCGCUGGAUUUAAGCAUUUUCCAAUGCAUAAAUCUGACUUAUGUAAUGUUCAUAAAUAAAUAAAAGCAGCUGAGAAUAAUGGCAGUGUCUGUUUCUGGAUGGUCGUAGGUUUUCCCAUAGCGUGAAUGUCUAUAUGAAAGUGAUUGGAUGGUUGGGAAGGUUGACUGUGUCCUUCCCAAGCGAGUCUGCGUAUCUAUAUCACUCAUAUAUAUAUAGCGUAGUUUAUGAAAUCAAGAGACGCUCUGUGUGCUGCGAAAUUCAAUUCCGUUCUAGCUUUUGCUUGAUACGUUUAAACAACACAUGGUUCCGUUCAUUAUAGGACGUGAUCAGUGUCUAAAAGAUAUGGUCGGAACCCGCACGCUUGUGAAGAAGCGAUAAUUCGUUUUGUCGUAUUCAAUCUUACAGACGACUGAGGUAACAAUGGGAACAUACUUUAUGAACAAAUAGGCAUUUUUCUCAGAGACGCAAAUGUCGAGCCUUCAUUACGGAAGAUACGAGUACUGGUACUCGACAGGUUCUGUUGCUGAUUCCAAUCUAUGACUAAAUAAAAGAUAACUAGUGUCCCCACAAAGGACCUAAUAUUUGCAGAAUGUACUUUAAUUUGGGCGCCGUCUAUUUAGUACGUCCUUAACUACCUCCUGCAAUGGCUCCGACAAAAUGCACUAUGAAAUUUGCAGAGUUUCAUUUUUUUAGAAUCUAACUAAAAUAAAACGUUUUUUUUUACAUUCUCUGAAAGGGAAGUAAGUUUAAGUUAUUCAAAAAAAAAAAGGCAUACAAGUCUAAACACUACACGCCUAAACUCUGCCGUUCUUGUAUCUCAGACUUACUAAAUGAAGUUUCAGUGCAAUUUGGAGAAACUCGGUGAAGCGUUAUUUAAAUUUUCAAAUUUGGAAACUUUUCCCGUUCUAUUCGGACACCAGUUCGCCGGACGAGGAUAUUCUUUAUUUUUCGAGUUUUUCGUCCGGCAUCGCCAUUAGGUAUUUCGACAGACGGCUGGCUUAGAGCACGUACGUCUAUGUCCGGAUUCGAACCUAGAUCAUCUCUUGCGAGUCCCAAGGGUAAAUACGUUGCCUCCCGCUGGGAUGUCACGGAGACUAUUCUAAAAGUAUCGAUCAAACAACACCUAACCACUACUAAGAUCUAAACAAAACAGUUUGCGAAUAUCCGCUGUAUGAAGUGGCUAAACUUUAUCGGGUUAUCUUAAUUGUACGAAUAUAGUCACAGCUUUAGUGCAACCAAUUGGUCCAUUGUGUCUGUAUGCCCUCGUGUGUUAGACGUUAGCUUUUAUGAAAUUGGAAAUUAGAAGACUGUAUUGUAUCGGCCAAUAGUUUGUUCUCGGUUCGGGUGAUAAUGCAUGAACAGUUUCUGUGAGGAUAUUAAUGAUGACGCAUUAUUUAUUGUUCAGUCAACAUUUGGAUGACUGACGCUGAUGUACCACAGUUCACGCGUUAACUUGAACAAUUUUUAGUGUUCUUAAUGUCAUCACGUCUUUUUUCGUUUUCCAAACGAUUCUUUGAAUCAACCGUACGGUUUAACGCAACAAGCUGGCUAAGAAUCAAAUGUCGCUUAUGUCAGGUUUUUUUACAAAUGAUUUUAAAAAUCAGCUCUAUCCAUAUCCAGAUGAAUUCGAUCAUAAACCGGUGAUGCGAGAAGCAGGAUUCGAACCCACACCUUUCUCGGAGGACCAAAACGGUCACAUCUGCUUUAAUUAUCUUGACAGCGAAGUACUGACAAAUUCGUUUGUUUCAGUGGAAAUAUUUGUUUGAGUUUUGUCUUUUAAAUGGCAAAUAGCAGAAUUCUGAAGACAUAUUGGAACACAGUAGAUAAUUUUCUAUAACCAAAUAAAGUUUUGAUCGAGUUAUAAAAGUAAACUAACUUGUAUGGUCUUACAAAUCAACUGUGGAAGUUCGUCCAGUAGUUAGAGUCAACAACUUUUUUGUUUGCUAUGCUUCCAUUCUCAAAGCAGUUUUUUUUUGUUUUUCUUUUUUUUUAUUGUAUGUACGUCUAACUUUGUCGGCGUACACACUAAGAUUGACAAGAGAAGUACAUAAUUCAAAUCUUCCCGUAAAUUGCUUAUUGUUAUUAGAUACAUACUUAAUUCCUUGCGUCGAGAUGAUAUCCGGCGUUAUUUCUCAAUGGCAAAGAAGGAUUGAAUCUGUACAUAAAGCGAGCUGUUACUUAGUGCAUUUGAUAUGAUAAUUCAAUUGUUCCAUCGAUAUUCGAUUAUUUAGCAUUGUCUAUUAAUUAUCUUACUAGGAUUUGCUGUGGCGUGAAUAAUUUUUCAACAGCAACUUUAGAAUUCUCUAGUAUCCUAGGGAAAGCGAAAAAUCGACCAACGCUCAAUGACUGUUUACAAAAAAUAGUGUAUAAUAAAAGUGUAUCAUUUUUUACCAAUUACAUAUCUUUUCAAGGGUCUUUUGGAUUGUUAAUCAUCCCAUCAUAAAAGAUUUUUUUUUAUAGCACGCUUAAUAUAGGUACGUGAAACUGGCAAUUUAUUUACAACAAUUUCUCUAUUUUUUUAAACAGUGUUCAAUGAAACGUUCGAGAGCAUACAUAAACCUUCAGUAUAAUAAUAAUAAUAAUAAUAAUCAUCAUCACCAGUUUCCAUCAAGUACGUUUGCGUUUUCAAGCACUUCACGGCGAGCCGAAAGAAAACUAUCUGAUUUGCUAAAACAUGCGUAUAGUAUUUCAAAACGUACUAAUCAACUUGGGUUUUACGGGUCGUCGAGUUUUAGACUUCGACGUAGAACGUUUAAUUAAUUUUCUUCAUUAGCGCGAGGCCUCAAGUGGAAACCUGUAUCGUUACGACUUUUAGCUGUUCAUGUACAGCUGUAUUAAUAAGAAUCGCUUAAACUUAUUUUAUAACAAUCUAGAUUCACAUUAUCUCUAUCACAGCAGCUACCGAAUGAGAAAUGAUACACUUUAAUGAUUUAAAUAUAAAAUGAUAAUUAUUUUAUUUCGGACUAGUUUCACAUAUGUUUGUACAGACCCAAUAUAGUCAGCGUCGUCUUCGCCACCAUCUCUUUCUAUAAUCAUCUCAUUAAAUCCAUGAACCACAUUGUUUUCAUUUCUUCUAUCGUUUGCGGUUGUUAUAUUCUGCUAUUUUCCUUCCAAACCUGUUAUCCGUGACUAAACAUUAGGACCGCUUUAAAAAAACAUGGACCAUGUGUCCCAAGCUGUUCGUUUAGUCAGUUAGAAGUUGUGUUCCGAAAGUCCAGUACCUCAUUCCCCUCUGUUCCCACCUGUUUUGUCUCUUAUACAUAUAUCUUGCCGUUGUCUUAAUAUCAUAAUAGUCAUCCUAUCAGCAUUAUAUAACUUCUCUUAGCUUAUCAGCAUCUCAUCUUAUUUCUCUGACUCAGUACGCAUCGUCUUUAUAUAUGUGUGUGUGUGUGUGUGUGUGUGUGUGUGUGUGUGUGUGUGUGUGU